CUAGCAAUUUAUUUUAAAAUGCGCAAACGAAGUGCGCAAGCUUUAUGUUUAGUACAAAUAUCAACUUAAAGUCUACAUUGCCUUUAGAGACGAGCCUUGCCUUCCUUCUCUAAAGUCUAUUGUGAGUGGUACUUUUCCUCGAAUCGCAAUGGGAUUCAUGUAUCAAAUCCUGCUCUGUUUCGCUGUUAUACUUUAUUCUACAGAAGCGUCACUUACUGUUCCCGGAGAACUAAUGUCUCCCCUUGGAGUUCCCGCUUCUAUGGGUCCAGCUGGAUUGAAUGCCAUUAAAUUGGCAGUAGGAGGAAGACUUCUAAACUUGCUAGGUGCUGUACGCCUGGGCUCGGUCGGAAGUCUCCCAGCAGGUCUACUUGGUCCUCAAUUCAAGGGUAGUGGAUUAGCUGGACUUGGACAAUUGAUGCCCAGAAGUGCAGACUUCUCGAAAAGAAGAGGUCCAAAUAUUCCACAAACUUUCGAUAUCCGUAAAGCCUCUCCUACAGAAAUUGAAAACUUCUUCGCUGUUUUGGAUAAAGUGGAUUCCAAUAAAUGCAUCUCUCGACUAGUUUGUGAAGUGGGUGCUAAUCCGAAAGUGUUGGAAGAUCUGGGCCAUAACAUAAAAGAUGCUAUGAGUUCUCUACGAAUCUUGGAGAAAAACGCUCUUUCAUCCAAGUACAAGCAGGUCUUGCUUCAAGGACAGAAAGGUAGCAUUGAAAAAUGCGCUCGCAAUUUUAAAGCUUGUGACAGAAGGUCGUACAGAUUGGUGAAGGCUUUUGUAAAAGCCUUUAGAGGACGAAGUUGAUAGCUCAAAUAUUAUGUAUAAUUUAAACUUGUAUACAAUAGACCAUUUUUUUUUCUAAUAAAGAAGUUUGAUUCUAAG